AUAAAAGAUAUCACAUCUACUCAAAGAACCUUGCCUUCAAAUAAGUCCGGAUACUUCUUUGUGUGGGCAGUGGCAGCUUUUUGCGCCAGUGCAGGAGGGAAGUAUGUAGCGGUGCUGAGAAUCCAUGCAAAUAGAGCUGUGCUGGGGUCUUUGGGUUGAAAUCAUGGCUAUGGGAGACGGGAACCUUUGUUUUCUGGACAGGUGUAGAGCCAGGACCACUGAUUACAGGUUGUUGCACCCUGGUGCACGUAGCCCAGCCGACCCCCUUUCCUGACCUGGCCCUGUUCUUUCUUUCUUUCCCCAGUGAUGGCGUGCCAGGCUGGCACGUCCCCCCUGUGAGCCGUGCGGGGUGAUGAGGAGGUUUGCUGGCUGCUGAGUGCUGCGCCCCAGCCGUUUCUCCCAGGCCCAGGAGCGCCCCCUCGAUCCACUAGAGAGAGCCCAGAACACGAUGAACAAAUUGAACUUCCAUAAUAACAGAGUCAUGCAGGACCGCCGCAGCGUUUGCAUCUUCCUCCCCAACGACGACUCCCUCAACAUCAUUAUACACGUUAAAAUACUGUGUCAUGAGUUAUUUGUCCAGGUGUGUGACAUUCUGAGGUUGAAGGACUGCCAUCUCUUCGGACUCAGCGUCAUACAGAACAAUGAGCACGUCUAUAUGGACUUGACCCAGAAACUCUACAAGUACUGCCCAAAGGAAUGGAAGAAAGAAGCCAGCAAGGGCAUUGACCAAUUCGGUCCACCAAUGAUUAUCCACUUUCGAGUGCAAUAUUACGUGGAAAAUGGCAGAUUGAUAAGCGACAGAACGGCACGCUACUACUAUUACUGGCACCUGAGGAAGCAAGUGCUGCAUUCCCAGUGUGUGCUGCGCGAGGAGGCUUACUUCCUUCUGGCGGCGUUUGCGCUGCAAGCCGACCUGGGCAACUUCAAGCGGAACAAGCACUUUGGAAAAUACUUUGAGCCAGAAGCCUACUUCCCUGCCUGGGUGGUGACCAAGCGCGGGAAAGACUACAUCCUAAAGCACAUCCCGAACAUGCACAAAGAUCAGUUUGAGUUGACGGCCUCGGAAGCCCAUCUCAAAUACAUUAAGGAGGCCGUGCGGCUGGAUGACGUGGCCGUUCAUUACUACAGGCUGUACAAGGAUAAAAGGGAAGUUGAAGCCUCCUUGACCCUUGGGUUGACAACACGGGGCAUCCAGAUCUUCCAGAAUUUGGAUGAAGAAAGGCAGUUGCUUUUCGACUUCCCCUGGACAAACGUGGGGAAACUGGUGUUUGUGGGUAAGAAAUUCGAGAUCCUGCCAGAUGGGCUGCCUUCAGCCCGGAAACUCAUCUACUACACGGGCUGCCCCAUGCGCUCCAGGCACCUCCUGGAGCUCCUCAGCAGCAGUCACCGCCUCUACAUGAACCUGCAGCCAAUCCUGCGCCAGGUCCGGAGGCUGGAGGAGAAUGAAGAGAAGAAGCAGUACCGCGAGUCAUACAUCAGCGACACCCUGGAUCUAGACAUGGAUCAGCUGGAGAAGCGGUCCCGGGCCAGCGGCAGCAGCGCGGGCAGCAUCAAGCAUAAGCGCCUUUCCCGGCACUCCACUGCCAGCCACAGCAGUUCCCACACCUCCGGCAUCGAAGCUGACCCCAAGCCCCGCGAGCCGGGCCCCGAGGAUGGCUUCUUGGGAGCCAGCAUCCACCGCAAACUGAAGACCUGCAGCUCCAUGACCAGUCAUGGCAGCUCCCACACCUCUGGGGUGGAGAGCGGGGGCAAGGACCGGCUGGAGGACGACUCCCAGGAUGAUGAGAUAGAAAUGCUGGUCGAUGACCCCCGGGACCUUGAGCAGUUGAGCGAGUCGUCCCUGGAGGUCACCCCAGACAUGUGCAUUUACAUUACGGAGGACAUGCUGAUGUCACGGCAGUUUAAUGGACACUCAGGGUUAAUCGUAAAGGAAGUAAGCUCAUCUACGUCCAGCUCUUCGGAAACAGUGGUCAAACUUCGUGGCCAGAGCACCGACUCGCUACCACAGACCGUGUGUAGAAAGCCAAAGACUUCCACCGACCGACACAGCCUGAGCCUGGACGACAUUCGGCUGUACCAAAAAGACUUCUUGCAGCUGGCGAACCUGUGCCAGGACACUGCUCAGAGCUACACCUUCGGGUGCAGCCAUGGACUGGAGGAAGAGGGUCUUUACUGCAACGGCUGCUUGGCUCAGCAGUGCAUCAACAUCCAAGAAACCUUCCCGGUCAAGAGAGCAAGCAAAUACUUCUCCCUGGAUCUCUCCCACGACGAAGUUCCCGAAUUCGUUGUCUAAGCGCCAUAGCUCUGUCAGGGCAGGACUGGCUGCCUGCGCGAUCAGAAAGACUGGAAAUCUAUGGCUAUUUCCUUCAAAUAUAUCUGGUGCCAUAUUCGUUUUCUUUUCCUGCUCCCUUCCCACUCCCCUAAACACCUCUGUCUUUGCAAAUCAAGGCCUUGGAAACCAUUGCACUUUGAGUAUGACCCAUAGAGCGGUAGGGUAGGGACAGAGGUAGGGUGUCCUGGCAGAGCCCCAUCUGGGUUUAAGCGGUGUCUCUUCCCUGUUUUUUCUUUGGAAAUAGUUUGUGCGAAACACUGAUUGUCUUACGCCAGAGAAGCACAACGUAGUUCAGUUGUUGAAUCAAGUCCGAGACAACCUUUACGUUUUUUAUUACUGCCUCGUGAAUGCUUUAAUUUUUUUGGUGGGUUUUUUUCCCUCCACGAAAGCUGCCAUUGACGUUUGCAAAAAGCCAUUGCAGCCUCUUCAUGGCUUCGGCAACCUUGAGUUUAGAAGCUGAAAAGAAAAAGACUCUGUGUUGUGUUCUGUCAAGCCAAAGAAUUGCAAAUACCCUAAAUGCCGGUAUCGAGACGGCAAGAAUUAAGCAAUAACUAGACAGGAAACUCUAUGCACGUUUCUGAUUUCUUGGGAAAUGACAAGUUGAGUUGCAGUUGACCUUGUGCGAUCUCAGUUCUUCCAGAGACUUACUGUGGCAUCUAGUCCAAACAGAGCCUUUGCGCAAUGUCUUCUAAAGUUUACAAAAAUCAGACGGAUGUUAUCUGGGAACUCUGAAAGCUUUCCUAAGCUGCUUGUGUUUCAAAGGAAAAUGAAAAAUAACUGAGGAUUUCUAAUGAUGUAGCAAUAAUGUUCACUGACCAAAGUACCUUAAAUAUAUAUAUAUAUAUAAUAUACAUAUAUAAUAUACAUAUAUAUAUAUCUGUAUAUAAUAUACAUAUAUAUAUCUGUAUAUAUAAAUAUAUAAAAGUGUAUGUUUAUAUAUGUUUGGAUCUUAUAGACCCAUUUUGGUUGUGUUUCUGUUCUUAAACACCUUUUAUGCAACGAGUACACCUUCUUGCUUUAACGAUACUUAUAGACAAUCAUUUUUUUUUUUUGAUUCCCUAAACGCUAUAAUUUUGGAAGGUGAAAAAGUAGGCUUUCCCGUUGAGAAUAAUAUGUAAGCAACUGCAUCGUAAGCAUGACUGUUUGCGGUUAGUGUCGCUUCAGCAUUAUUUUAAACAAGGCUUUUCAUGCAUCUUUCAGUAUUUUACAGUUGGAAUCGCUCUGGUUCGUGGAUGCUAAUGAUGUUCUCAGAGCAAUGCCAUAGGGACAGCUUUUGAGCUGGAGCAUCUGAAGGAAACUAAAGUGCACAUAAACAUGUACAGUGAUCUAUUAUCAUCAGCAACGACGGCGUAAAGCAUUACAGCUGCUAAUGUUCACAGCACAAUGCCUUUUUUUGUUUGUUUAAAAAAAAAAAAGAACCAACUAUUUUUAAUGAGGAGGUUAGUAUUUUACAGCUAUAGUCUACCAUAUUUUGAUAUACCAUCUUUUUUUAACUGGAAACUUUUUCUAAAAAAAACCCAACAAAGCUAUUUUAUAAAGAAGCGUGCUGAUAUUUUUGUAAGAAACACAGGUGGGUUUUCGGUAACGAACGGGACUUUAGAUUUUAGUUACAGGGCGGCAUAAUCAGCGUUACUGCUGCGUGGGAGGCAGUAUUACAGAGAGCGAAGGGGGAACCCUGCAAAAUUUCCAGCAGCCUUGCAGCUGCUUAUAUCGGAGGUAAAGGGCUAGUUUUAUAGGCCCCAGUGGCUUUGCAUCACUGACCUGCAUUGCUAAAGCGCUAUAAAGAAUCCACUACAUAAUAGUGAGUCUUACCCAUUAUGUCUGUGAUACCACUGGGUAUUGUGUUAGCCAGAUGCUGCCAUGGUACCAGCUUGCUAGAGCAGGGAGGCAUGUUAAAUCACUAUUCAGAAAACUAUCCCUUGCUGGUAGAUGGUGACUUCUCCAGGGCGGCCCAAAGCCCGUUGCACUGUGCAGCAUGUUCCCCUGCUAUCCUCUGGCUAAAAUUUGGCAGGGUAAGCCCUGAUUAGCUGUGGAGUACGGCUGCCCUCCCGACCCUCCUCAGAAAGCAUCUUGCCUAGCCUGAGCGGCUUGCAAUGGAAAGAGCUGCACCGCAGCAGCGAGCAGGGCUCCCUUCAGUGCUUGUGCAUAGAGCCUUAAAAAUCCAACUUCUCAGCAGGGCAGUUCCCCCAGUGCAAUGAGGACCACCGCGGUCCUGCUGUGCCUCCCACAAAACAGAUGGCAUUGUCCAGUUCUAGGAUUGCACCUCGAGAGACGCCCAGAAAUAUAUACACGGAGGUGUAUGAUAGAUAGAUACACGGUAUUUAUAUGUAUAAUAUAUAGAGAGAUGCAGCGUGCAUCCGCACAUCUGUAAUAUAUGUCAUGCACUCAUUGCGGUUGUUGGGACGAACUGGGCAGCGAUGGACAGGGAAGGCGAAACGGUUCUGAAUUUGCAGGGUCAGGUUGGUUGUUUCAAUUUUUUCUUGCCAGGGGAGUCGAGGCGCCAGCUUCCCUGUGGUUGAAAGGAUUGUACGGCCUCCUGCUGCCGGGGUCGCUGUGUUCCCCUCUGCGGGCACGCAGCCUCAAAGCUUUCCCUCAUCUGCUCGCGUUUUGGGCUCAGCAAACCAGUCACUCUUUGGAUGGCAUGUGCUAGAUGUUGCUAUAACCAUGGCCAAAGCAAAAGUUGUGCGGUGCCUGUAUGAUUUGAAAGACUCCGGUUCUGUUCUUGUUAUUUAUUGUGUUAAGAUACCAGGGGAAGGGUGUAAUUAAGGGGUGUAUCGUGUCACUAAUGCUUUCUGUUGUUGAGAAGCAGGCUCCUUGGGAUUUUAAUUGUGCACCCAGCCCAUGGGAGACAGACCUAAAGAAUGGCUGUGGUUCAGCCCAGGGCCUCUUCUCCCAUCUGAAAUGAUUCAUAAUUUCAGGGAGAGGGCGGUGAUUUUGCCCAAGCCAUGUUCUAAUUGGAUUGACAAGUAACGAGAUGGCGUUAAUAAAAUGACCCAAACCAGGACACAUCCUUGCCCUUUUUGAUGACGCACGUUGCUGCAAGUACCAAUCUCUGCAACUGGCAUGACAUCAGAUGAAAAGGCAACGUCCUGCUUUCUCCACGUUGUACCAGAAAGCUGUAAGAUGUAAAGCUCUUAUUUUUUCCACAUCUGUUUGGAAAUCCUGAGCUGGCCAGCGUUUGGGUUCGGUGUUUUUCUGUCUGGUGACUUCUUUAUGUUGAUAUGUUUGCAAUAAUCAGCUAUAAGCCUGCACAAACUGAAUAAUCCUUUCUGUGAAAGGAUCUUCCUAUCAGGAUGGUAUGAGAGAAAGUGUAAAAAAAAAAAAAGACAUGAAACAAGAAAAGACAAAGCAGAAUUAUUUUGUAAUGAUGAAGUUUGUUGCUUGCCGUUCACGGCAGAGGUAGAAAUGACAAUAAAGUUACAGUUGUUUGC